GGGACUCGGGGCCCUGAGCGGGCCUCGGGAGGCGCUCAGCCCUGGAAUGCCCGCGCAGCGUCGCCGCCGCGUCAGGGCGGCGCGAGCCUGCCAGUGCGCGAGGCUUCGAGCUUUCUGUACCAGAGGCUCCGAUCAACGGGGCACCAUUGGAAGGAGAGGGAGGAGGAGGAGGGAGGAGGAGGAGGAGGAGGAGGAGGAGGAGGAGGAGGAGGAGCAACGCCAGCUGCAGACGUGCACGGAUCCCUCGGCUGCACGCGGCAGCGGCCCCGGGCCAGAGUGGCCCCUGGGGCGCAGCUCGCCCAGCGCUGCAUGCGACGCGACGGUGCAGCGUCCUGCGCGCUCGGCGCCCCCCGCGCCCCCCGAGAGCCAGGGGCACCGGAGGCCGCUCCCGCGAGGGGCCACCCCUGCGCAGGGCCGGCCGACCAGGACGAGAUCCCCUCUCCUGGGACUGAAGCUCUCGCGCGGGGGUCGGAGCUCUCGCGCAGGGGGCCUGGGCUUCUGCGCGGGGGCCGGAAGCCUGGAGCGCGGAAUGGGCGUUCUGGAUCGGCUGGGCACGGAUCGGUGCC